AUGACCGCCCAAAUGAACACCUGGGAGGAGCAAGCCGUGAUGUGGCAGGUAUCGAACCCACAAAUCCAAGAUCCACUCAUCUAUCCCGGCCUCUACUCACCGAGCGGCAUCGACAUUCUUACCAUAUUGGCCACGAUCCACACCCGCCCGAACCCGACCGUCCCCCUCGGCCCAGUCGACGCCUCCUGCGCCAUCCUCAUCGCCGACCUCGCCCAGCCCGACCAGCCCAUCAUCUACGCCUCCCAGCCCUUCACCGCCCUGACCGGCUACUCCGCCGCCGAGGCGCUCGGACGGAAUUGUCGGUUUUUGCAGGCGCCGCCGCCACUGGUUUAUAGGGAUGAUGGUGGUGAUGGCGAUGGUAAGGAUGGGGGUGGGGGUACGGUUGGGAAUUGGGAUGGGGGUGGGGGUAGGGGUGCGGGUGGAAAUAGGGACUCUGGGGUGGCGAGGAGGAGAGGGUGUGGUGGGUUGGUGGAUGGGGAGGUGGUGAGGCGGAUGGGGGCGGCGGUGCAAGGGAGGAGGGAGGUGCAGGUGGAGGUGGUGAAUUACAGGAAGUCGGGGGAGCCGUUUCUGAAUCUGUUGAGUAUCAUCCCCGUGAGGGUGGGUUCUGGGUUGGAUUUGUCGGUGGGGUUCUUGUGUGAUGCGGCUUCGCUUGAGUGA